AUGCUUUACAAAGCCUUACGAAGUAUAAAGGGUGAAGUCUCAGUGGAAACGCGAGACAACAAAAGAUAUAACGGCCGCGCGCAUAUCGACACAAAGCUUAACAUAUCCAUAGACAACCAUCAGAUACGGGCAUCAAAUCUUCGAUAUGUAAUGCUGUCGGACGAAGACACGGCGCGCAUUAUGCAGCACGUAGAAAAAGAAAAAAGCACGCCAAGUGCAGUAUUGCACAUUAGCCCAACAGACAUUUAG